AUGAAUGUCACAGAGAAGAUUUUCGCUUUACACGAUGUUGAUCGACGGGGAUGGGUUCGAACUGGAGAUAUGAUCAGAGUCUCAGUUGACUGGGUCAUGGCGAGCGAGGCUACUUGGCACGGUAUGCUUCAAGCAUACAACAAGCUGGGUGACCCUGGGAUUUUCUCCAACUCCAAGUUUUGGCUGGCCGGUGAUCAUGUUGUCGAUCCCAGAAUUAUGGACACCCCGUUGGUGCAGAAACUCGUCGGUGAGAUGGAUUACGCACGAAAACGAUUCAAGAUGACAGAAUUCCAAGGUCACAACUACACAAUCAUGCAUACUGAGUUCUAUCGCGAGCGUGCGCAACCUGGACAGAUAAUCAUCGGCUCUGACUCCCAUACCUGCAGCGCCGGUGCGGAUGGGUGCCUUGCUAUUGGACUUGGUGCCACAGAGGUUACGAUGGCCCUCGUCACGGGAGAGAUCUGGUUCAAAGUUCCAGAAGUAGUUGAAAUCCACCUUGUCGGCAGUCCAAAACGCGGAGUAGGAGGCAAAGACAUCAUUCUCUACAUCCUCCAGCAGCUCAAGCGGAACACCGUGGCUGCUGACAGAGUCGUGGAGUACACUGGCCCUGGAUGUCGAUGGCUGAGUCCCGAUGCUCGCUUCGCCAUCGCGAACAUGACUACGGAGUUUGGUGGCAUUACCGGUAUCUUCCUCGAUGAGGUGACCAAACAGUUCAUAGAUCGCAGGAAGACGGCUCGCCACAAGACGGCAUCGUACUACUUCAAAGCAGACAAAGAUUGCUCAUACGCAGAGUCACACGUCAUCGACAUAUCUCGAGCGCAGCCUCUUGUUGCCCGUUACCCUUGCCCUGAUGAUGUUGUGCCUAUAGCCGACGUAGCUGGCACCCAGCUCGAUGGCGUUUUCAUAGGAGCCUGCACGACUGCGGAAGAGGAUCUCAUCAUGGGAGCUCUUGUACUUGAGGCCGGUCUGAAUGCUGGCAAAACUCCUAUUGCGCGCGGAAGUCGACGGGUUGUCCCUGGCAGCCGUCCUAUCGCAGACUAUCUGCGCCAGACGGGACUUGCAAAUAUAUACGAGCGCGCAGGCUUCACCAUUGGGGUUCCUGGAUGCAGCUAUUGCGUGGGAAUGGGCGCUGAUAUGGCGCAACCAGGAGAGAUCUGGCUGAGCAGCCAGAAUCGCAACUUUGAAAAUCGCAUGGGCAAAGGAGCGAUUGGAAGUUUGGCUUCAGCAGCGACAGUUGCAGCAUCUUCAUUUGAUAUGACUGUCACGUCUCCCCAAGAGCUCAUUGAUCAAAUUUCCACUGAAAGGUGGAAUGCUAUCAAGGGGAAAGGUUCCCUUCCUGACGAAGAUCUCGUCCAACCACAAUGGGUAGAACCACCAGGCAACGACUCACUUGAACAGAGCAAAUACGGCAACGAUCAAGUGAUAGAACCCUCUUCAGUGAAUGUGGAGGAUACAGAAGACAAGUCAACUUCAGGUAUCAUAAAAAGCAAGAUCUUCAGAAUAGGAGACUUCGUAGACACUGAUGCGCUCGCCCCAGCUCAAUAUCUUCUCACAUCCCAAAACAACGAAGAACUAGGGGCUCAUUGUCUUGAGUUUACACAUCCAGACUUUCGGCAGAAGGUCAAAGACGGAUACCAAGUGGUGGUCGCCGGCAAGGCAUUCGGGUGCGGGUCGAGUCGUCAGGAGUCUGUUCAAUCGCUUCUGGGUGCUGGAAUCAAGUGCGUUAUAGCACAAAGCUUCGCGUUCAUCUACAGCAGGAAUCAACCAUCACUUGGCCUUUGGGGGUUCGUCGUUGAUGAUCCAAAGUUCUACGAGAAAGCCACGAUGGGAGCUGGUAUCGAGAUUGAUUUAGAUCGUAAUACCCUGGCCGUCGACGGCGAGACCUUCCAAUUCCAGCUUUCUGAGCUCGAGAAGAAGCUCACCAAGAUGGGCGGGAUGACAAAUGGCUUCAACAAGUUUGGAAAGCGAAUUUAUGACGUAUUGACUGGCAAAGGUACUACGAAGCCUCCUGUUGCCCAGGAAUUGAAACCGACACCUGCGCAAGAUGUGUUGGCAUGGUAA